CCGAGAACCUUGAGAGCUUCUUCACUCCACGGAUUGUCUCAUAGACACCUUGAUAACUACACUUUUCCAAAGACACUCUAGCUUCGUGCUUAAUUUGUUAUAGAAUGGCUCUUACUGGCAGCUGCAUGUGUGGUGCCAUCGCUUACAAGAGCGACAGCGACGCUGCUAUUACGGCUCUCUGCCACUGCAUCGAUUGCCAGAAGUGGACUGGCGGUGCCUUUACUUCCAACGCUGUUGUCGCUGAGGACGACUUUUCCGUCACCAAGGGUUCUCCCAAGCAAUACGAUGUCACCGGCGCCUCAGGCAAGAUAAACCACCACUUCUUCUGUGGCGACUGCGGCUCCAGCCUGUACACUCGCCUCGACGUCAUGCCCGGCAAGAUCAUCAUCAAGGCUGGCGGUCUUGACAACGGCAAGGCCAACCUCGACAACAAGAUCAAUGUCGAGUUUUACUGCCGUGAUCGUGUUAGUUACCUGCAGGCUGCUGAGGGUGCCAAGCAGGAGCACCUCUUUGGCUAAGAUUGGGGGUUGUGGGAGAUGGACAUGGGUUGUAUGUGUGAAUGCGGAGCUAGGUGUAUAGCAUUGAAUAGUGAUGUUGUUCUCCAGGAUUGCGUCCCUCGUUUCGUAGCCGAAUAUAACACAGAAUUGAUACUUGUCAUGAGACAGUUCAUA